AUGGACUUCCUCCGCCGCCUAGCGGCACCACUGGACAACUCCGCCAUUCCCUGGAAACCCAUCCUCGUCACCUUCGCCCUCGGCGAGUUCGCCCUCGAAGCAUGGCUCCUCUCCCGCCAAUACCGCGUCCUGCAACGAAAGACAAUUCCCCCUCAGCUGAAGGAAGAGGUAGAUCAGAAGACAUUCGACAAGUCACAAGCAUACGGUCGCAGUAAGGCCAAGUUCACAAUCGCAUCGGGACUCUUCGGACAGCUUAAGAACUACAUCACAAUCCAACACGACUGGCUUCCAUACCUCUGGUCCCUCGCUGGCGGCUUCACGCUGAAGUACCUCCCCUCCCGCUUCCAGGGAGAGAUCACGCAGUCUCUGGUCUUCAUCUUCACCAUGUCUCUCGCCGAAACUCUCAUCAACCUCCCAUUCGGCUUGUACUACCACUUCGUGCUCGAGGAGAAAUACGGCUUCAAUAAACAAACUCUCUCCCUCUUCUUCACCGACAAGAUCAAGGGCCUCGCUCUUUCCCUUGCGUUCGGUGUCCCCAUCGGCUCCGCUUUCCUCAAGAUCAUCCAGAAAACUGGCGACAACUUCUUCUUCUACAUCUGGCUCUUCAUGCUUGUGGUACAACUGGGUGCUGUCGUCCUCUACCCAACCUUGAUUGUCCCACUCUUCAACAAACUCACACCGCUCGAACCAGGAGAUCUCAAGACGAGGGUGGAGGCAUUGGCGGGCAAACUUUCCUUCCCACUGCAGGAGCUGCAGGUCAUUGAUGGGAGUAAGAGGAGCGCGCAUAGUAAUGCAUACUUCACCGGUCUCCCCUUCUUGCCGAAGAAGAUUGUCAUCUACGAUACCCUCCUGAACAAAGCUUCCGCGCAAGAAGUCGAGGCAGUGCUUGCACACGAGCUGGGACACUGGAAGAUGGGACACACCUCGAAGCUCUUGGGUAUUAGCAGUUUCCAUUUGCUUUACGUGUUUGCGCUUUUCGGUGUAUUCAUCAACAACGCUAGUUUGUACAGGGCGUUUGGCUUCGUGGCGGAGAGACCUAUCAUUAUCGGAUUCAUCCUCUUCAACGAUGUGUUGAGCCCGACGGAUAGCUUGGUGAAGCUGGGGAUGAACAUUAUGACGAGGAAGUUUGAGUUUGAGGCGGAUGCGUUCGGGAAGAAGUUGGGAUAUGCAAAGGAUUUGGCGAGCUCGCUCAUCAAACUACAGAUCCAGAAUCUCAGCAGCAUGGACGCUGACUCAUACUACUCAUCGUACCACUACUCACACCCGAUCUUGACGGAGCGAUUGAAAGCUGUGGGCUGGACGAGCGAGAAGAAGGUGAGUGACGGGAAGAUUGAUAUCUCGGGGCAGAAGACGUUCACAGUGAAUGGGACGCCGGAGAAGGAAUUGUAG